AUGGAUGGCCCUGAUCAAAUUGGCCCGGACUACCGUCCCAAGCGCACCCUGGCGGAUCGUGGCCGCCGCAUCGUCAAGACCUUGACCACCCGUGAGGGCCUCUUUGGCGACUAUGACUACGCUUUCCUGUUCACGCCGCGCAUCCCCUUCAUCACCAAGGGCCACAGCACCGCCCCGUUCUUCGGCCUCGACGACAAGGUGCCCGUCUUUUUGGCCCUGCUGCUCGGCCUACAGCACUCCCUGGCCAUGCUGGCGGGUGUGAUUGCGCCGCCGCUCAUCCUCGGUGGCAGCGGCGGCGUGGGCUUUGUCGGAGCCCAGUAUCAGUAUCUCGUCUCCACCUCGCUGAUCGUCUCGGGUCUUCUGUCGGCGGUGCAGAUGGCCCGCUUCCACGUCCACAAGACCCGCUACUACAUCGGCACCGGACUCAUCUCCGUCGUCGGCACCUCCUUUGCAACCAUUACCGUCGCGACCGGCACCUUCGCCCAGAUGUACCAGACCGGCUACUGUCCGCUGGAUGACAACGGCAACCGCCUGCCCUGCCCAAAGGGCUACGGUGCGCUGCUGGGCACCUCCUGUCUCUGCGCGCUGCUCGAGAUCGGCCUCUCCUUUUUAAGCCCGCGCGUGCUCCGCAAGGUGUUCCCGCCGCUGGUAACCGGCCCCACGGUGCUGCUCAUCGGAGUACAUCUCAUCGAGAGCGGCAUCAAAGACUGGGCCGGUGGCUCUGGCGCCUGCGGUGAGAACCCGGCGGCACAAAUGCUCUGUCCCAGCCCCGACGCCCCGCGGCCCCUCCCCUGGGGCAGCGCUGAGUUCAUCGGACUAGGCUUCCUCGUCUUCGUAACGAUUAUCCUGUGUGAACGCUUCGGCUCACCUAUCAUGAAGUCGUGCGCCGUUGUUAUCGGCUUACUGGUGGGCUGCAUCGUCGCCGGCGCGUGCGGCUACUUCGACCAGUCCGGCAUCGACGCCGCCCCUGUGGUCUCCUUUAUCUGGGUGGAAACGUUCCCGCUCUCCCUCUAUCCACCCCUUAUCCUCCCCUUACUGGCCGUCUAUAUCGUUAUCAUGAUGGAGUCCAUCGGCGAUAUCACCGCCACCUGCGACGUGUCCCAGGUGGAGGUCGAGGGGCCCAGCUUCGACACGCGCAUCCAGGGCGGCGUGCUGGGCAACGGACUAACCUGUCUGAUUGCCGGUCUGGCCACCAUCACGCCCAUGUCUGUGUUUGCCCAGAAUAACGGCGUCAUCGCCCUGACCAAGUGUGCUAACCGCAAGGCCGGUUUCUGCUGCUGCAUGUUUCUUGUCCUUAUGGGUAUCUUUACUAAGUUCGCCGCCGCCCUUAUCGCCAUCCCUAAGCCUGUUCUAGGCGGUAUGACUACCUUCCUCUUCUCCUCCGUUGCUAUCUCUGGCGUCCGCAUUAUCUCGACCAUCCCCUUUACCCGUCGCAACCGCUUCAUCCUCACCGCCUCCUUCGCCAUCGGAAUGGCCGCCACUCUCGUCCCGGAGUGGUUUAAGUACUUCUUCACCUACAGCGGGGACAACCACGCCCUGCAGGGUCUGCUCGACGCCGUCGUCCUCGUCAUGACCAACGGUUUCGCCGUCACCGCCGUGCUGGGCCUGAUCCUCAACAUAUGUCUACCGGAAGACCCAGCCGAGGAGGCCGCCCUGCUGGGCUUGCCGUCGAAUAACGCCGGCGAGACCACCGUCACUGAGAGCCCGGAUUCCUCCACCCAUUUCAAGACGGAUCCGGAUCCCCCGGCGCCCAACACCAAGGAAGGGGGUGAUCGCGGCCCCGGGCGUGUAUAA